ACUAUUGGACGAUAUGUUCUUUUCAUGUUGACAGAUAUAAUCAAAAACGACAAGAUAUGGUCGACUAGUCCGGGUAAAUAACGUUGUUUUUUAACCAAAUGGAUUGGAGUUAGAAUUACAAUAUAGCAGAAGUUGUAGAUUGGUGUCUCUGUGGGACAGGAAGUGAUGGACUUCCGGUGGGGGAGGAGCCGGGGCGAGGAGGGCAUCGCCGUGGUAAUAAACUUCCUGCUGGCUAAUGCCCGAUUGGUCCUGGGAGUGGGAGGGGCUGCGGUGCUGGGCAUCGCUACGUUGGCUGUCAAGAGGUUGAUAGAACGCGCCGGCCGAGAGGCGGACGACGAGAAGGUGGAACAGAAGAUGUCGGAGAGCUGGGAGGAGCUUAGCUUAGUCUCCGCCUCCCCCAAGUCCAUAAGGAAGGGGCUGGAGAGUGUUGUCAUGAAACACGUCGCCAAGGCAACCAAGUCACAGAAAGCUGACCUGUGCCAGCCCCAGCAGCAGAAGUCUAGUCUGGAAGAGAAGCCUGUCAAAGCAUCAGAGUCCCAGAGACCCAAGAGCCUACAGCUGUCUCUCACCUUGCAGGACCGCCUCCAUCAGUAUUAUUCUACCAGAGCAGCUUUAACCCCAGAGGUCGUCCACAGAGCUGAGAGUCUCGCUCUCGAUAUCUGCACAGAGGUACAAGGCUUCCUGCACACCACGAACCCUGACAUGCCUCUGGGAGAGAUGUCACUGGGAGGAUCCCUCCUCGACGACCUGCAGGUGGUGAGAGCGGACCACGCCUGCCUGCUGGUCCCCCUCCAGCUGGAACCCAGCCUGUGGAGACUGAUCCCUGGGGAAGAGACCCUCCUAACGCACCCUCUGCACUGGAUGGUCCGACGCGUCAACCUGGAAUACUUCCCUCGAGGACGCAGCUACUGGGACAGGUUCCUAGUAGGAGGGUAUCUAUCCUGCCGGGCGCUGGUGAACAUGCUCAGUAAGGCUGUGAUGGAAACCAUGAACUGGCCGUCUCUCUCCUCCACUCUCGACUGUCUGGUCAGACCUGUCCUCGGGGGAGAUGAACUGAAACUAGAGAUACGACCAGAGCGAGGUGAUCCCCUCUUCAUCUCCAUAGUGCCGGUGCUGAGGGAGGCCGACGUGGUCCUGACUGCCCAGGUAGAGUUAACCCGGCCCUGGGAUAGCGCCUGGCACCUCUCCCUCUACCCCUGGGAGACCCGGCGUCUCGCUCAGCUUGACUCGGCCGACCGAGGAGUCCGACGCGUCGUCCUCAAAACCCUCAAAGCCGUCUGUCGACGCUGCCCCGCCCUUCGACCACUCGCCGCCGCGCCGUUGGUCAACCUCAUCCUCCACCUCAGCGACAAGGACUUGGAUUGGUCGGAGGGUUGUCUGAGUGGGCGUUUCCAGCAGUGUGUCUGGGAGCUGAUUGGCUAUCUGGAAGAAGGGGUGUUACCUAGCUACUUCAAGUCCGGCGUUAAUUUGUUGAACGGAAUGACGGAUGAAGAGGUUGAUGAGAUGGGUUUUAUGUUGUACUGCGCUGUCUCCGAACCAGACAUUCUGCUGAUAUAGAAAUAUAUUUUA